GAAGGUUCUCCCUGAUAGAUCUGAUCUCCGACAUCUUGUAGCGGUUGACAGUCUCACGAUGAGCUUGGAUGGAGACGCUGCACUGAAGCAGCUCGAGUGGCUAAAGAACUUCGACGUCUUCCCCAAGACUGUUGACGAUGCCAAGGAGGCAUCGGUGUCAGGAGGGACCGUGUCUGUUGUCGUUCUCUUCUUCAUGUUCCUCCUGCUCUUCACCGAGACUUCGAUCUUCCUCAAGACCAACACCAAGUUCGAGAUGGAAGUAGACACCAUGCGGGGAGGGAUGCUUCAGAUCAACUUCGACAUCUCCUUCCCGGGCCUCCCCUGCUCUGUUCUCUCGCUCGACUCCAUGGACGUGUCAGGGGAGCACGAGCUUGACAUAGUGCACGACGUAUACAAGAGAGCGAUGGACAGCAAGGGGAACGCGUUGGGGCCGGUGAUAUCAGAGAAGGUGAAGCUUGCGCGAGACGCGCUGUCAAUCUCCCACAUCAAGGAGCAGCUGGAGCGGCACGAGGGAUGCAACAUUUACGGCACCCUCAACGCCCAGAAGGUGUCUGGCAACUUCCACUUGAGCCUCCACGCGCAGGAUUUCCACGUGCUCGCCCAGGUGUUUCCCGACCGCGCGACGGUCAACACGUCGCACAUCGUGAACCACCUCUCCUUCGGGCGCGACUACCCGGGGCUGAAGAACCCCCUGGACGGGGAGAUGAAGGUGCUGGACCAGGGGUCGGGUACCUUCGAGUACUACAUCAAGAUCGUUCCUACCAAGUUCCAUCACCUUGACGGAACAAUCAUCGACACCAACCAGUACUCGGUUACCGACCACUUCCGCAAGUUGCAGGAUGGCUUUCCUGCUGUCUACUUCAUUUAUGACAUCUCUCCGAUCAUGGUGCGAGUGAAGCAGUGGAAACAAUCCUUCUCUCACUACGCUACUCAGCUCUGCGCUAUCACUGGAGGCAUGUAUGUGGUAACCGGGCAACUUCAUGCUUUGAGCAAAUUUCUGUGGACCAAGUACUAUAUCGGUAGGAAGAGCUUCUCUUCCGGGCUUGGGAUCUAAACAAGUUGCGGGUUCUCCUCUUGUAUGUAGUGUCAAGUUAAAGUUUCGUUCUCCUCCU